AUGUCGGAACCUUGCCUCCGUGUGCAGGUGAUUAUUUUCGACUGGGACGACACAUUACUUUGCAGCUCGGCCAUCAAUGCGCAGCAAUGGCGGCAGGACCAGUUGGAGCAGCUCGAGCAGAUGGUCGAGUCAAUCCUGCUCACGGCCAUGCAUUUGGGAGAGACGAUGAUUGUCACGAACGGCAAUGCAUCCUGGGUACAGGACAGUGCUCGCCGAUUCCUGCCGAACUUGCAGCGAACGCUGAAUCGCGUUACAGUGAUGUCUGCGAGGGCCAUAUACGAGCACUCCUUCCCUGGCGAUCCCUUCGCAUGGAAGCGACAGGCGUUUAAGGAGAUUUUGGCACGACGUCGCCAAGAGGGUUUCCAUCCUGAAGGGGUGAACCUCAUCGUUCUUGGAGAUUCGCCUGCCGAAAUUCAGGCCGCUCGAACGGCCACCAAAGUGCUUUGUGGCAGGUCCAUGGUGAAGACAGUCAAGUUCAAGGAGGCACCUUCGGUGAACGAGCUCCUGGGCCAGCUCCGUCGUGUCUCACAGGAGUUGGCUGGAAUAGUCCAGGAGGACAAGAGCUUGAGCCGGGGCCUGGUCCAGCGGGGCUUCCCCGGGAGCAUCGACCAGUUGUCUUCCUGGGCCUCGGGCUGGCGCAUUUCAGAGACAGAGUCCUGGGAUGCGUACUCCCGAGUUGCGGCCACCCUGCUCGUGGGUGCGUCGAAAGAGGGUCUGUCCAUCGCCCUGCCGAAAGGUAGGCCUUAG